CCCAGCCGCUGCUUAGCCUCUCAGGGCCCCCGACGCGGCUCCGCCUCACCUCCGCCGGGAAGCCCGCCCGGCGCCCCAGCUGGACCCGCGCCUCCGCGUUCGCCCCAAAGCCGGGCGCUUCCCCAGGCACCCGCUGGAGGAGAAGGCCAGUCUGUCCGACUGUCUUCCAGAUCCGUCUGGGGGCUCCACCAGCAUGGGCAUCCGGCCCGCUCCUCGGCCUCCGGGGGCACCCAGCUCCGCGCAGCCUGUAGGACCGCCUGCGACAGGCGGUGGCUCCUGCUUUCCCGCGCACUGGCCCUGCUCAAGUUACGCCCUGGGAGGGGGCUCUGCAGAGGUGCCCUGUGUGCGCCGCAACGUUUGGGGGCGCAAGCGCGGCUCUGGCGGCACCCCGCAGCGGGCGAGGAGAGAAAAGGCCGGGGCAAGGGGCCCGCGGAGCUCUCCGCGGGGGAGGGGGCGGGGCGCUCCUCUCCCUCCCUCCCCCGCCGCAGCGCUCCUGGACCGACGCCCGCGGGCAGGGCCGGCGACUGCGGAGAGGUGCGGCGCCGAGACCCCACGGGUCAGCCGCCCCAAGUCGCACGCGCGUUGUAGGCUGGCGGGUCCGGAGACCCUCAGGUAGGGCGCGGUCUGACGCCCCAGAAGAGCCAGUGGGUUGGGCACCGGGACUGUGGUGAGACCCUCUGUCCCCGCCCCGGGGGCGGAGCCAAGGUCCAAGCCUGCGGAGCUUGAGACCCGCACAAAUCCUCCGGGGGCUCCCACCCCGCCUCCCGCCGCCCGCUCCCGGAUUCGCGGAGAUCCAACCCCCCACACACACCCAAGUCCCAGCGGCCUCGAGUCCCGGGCCUCCGGCCGCGCGUAGGAGCUGGUGGAGCCUCCCUCUGCGCUCCCAUCCCGGUGCAUCCCGUUGCCCAGGCCAUGGCGCGAGGAGACGCCCCGCAGGACAGCUACCACCUGGUCGGGAUCAGCUUCUUCAUCUUGGGGCUGGGCACCCUCCUUCCCUGGAACUUCUUCAUCACCGCCAUCCCGUACUUUCAGGGGCGGUUGGCAGUGGUCAACAGCACAGCUGGGACCCUGAGCACCAACCACACAGGCCCCACAGACACCUUCAACUUCAACAACUGGGUGACACUGUUGUCCCAGCUGCCCCUGCUGCUCUUCACCCUCCUCAACUCCUUCCUGUACCAGUGCAUCCCUGAGACGGUGCGCAUUCUGGGCAGCCUGCUGGGCAUCCUGCUGCUCUUUGCCCUGACAGCAGCACUGGUGAAGGUGGACAUGAACCCUGGGCCCUUCUUCUCCAUCACCAUGGCCUCCGUCUGGUUCAUCAACUCUUUCUGUGCAGUUCUGCAGGGCAGCCUCUUUGGGCAGCUGGGCACCAUGCCGUCCACCUACAGCACCCUCUUCCUCAGUGGCCAGGGCCUGGCUGGGAUCUUCGCUGCCCUCGCCAUGCUCAUGUCCAUGGCCAGUGGUGUGGAUGCCCAGACCUCUGCUCUGGGAUACUUUGUCACGCCCUGUGUGGGUAUUCUCAUGUCCGUCGUGUGCUACCUGAGCCUACCGCACCUGGAGUUUGCCCGCUACUACCUGGCCAAGAAGCCCUCCCGGUCCCCAGUGCAUGAGCUGGAGACCAAAGCUGAGCUCCUCCAGUCUGAUGAGAAGAAUGGGAUUCCCAACAGCCCCCAGACAGCAACCCUGACUCUAGAUCUUGACCCUGAGAAGGAGCCGGAGCUGGAGCCAGAGCUAGAUGAGCCACAGAAGCCAGAAAAACCUUCAGUCUUCAUUGUCUUCCAGAAGAUCUGGCUGACGGCGCUGUGCCUUGUGUUGGUCUUCACAGUCACCCUCUCGGUCUUCCCUGCCAUCACAGCCAUGGUGACCAGCUCCACCAGUCCUGGGAAAUGGAGUCAGUUCUUCAACCCUAUCUGCUGCUUCCUGCUCUUCAACAUCAUGGACUGGCUGGGACGGAGUCUGACCUCGUACUUCCUGUGGGGACCCCACUCACCCGAGCCUGCGCCACAGCCAGAUGAGGACAGCCGGCUGCUGCCCCUGCUGGUGUGCCUGCGCUUCCUGUUUGUGCCACUCUUCAUGCUGUGCCACGUGCCCGAGCGGGCCCGGCUGCCCAUCCUCUUCCCUCAGGACGCCUACUUCAUCACUUUCAUGCUGCUCUUCGCCGUUUCCAAUGGCUACCUGGUGUCCCUCACCAUGUGCCUGGCGCCCAGGCAGGUGUUGCCACAUGAGAGGGAGGUGGCUGGCGCGCUCAUGACCUUCUUCCUGGCCCUGGGACUCUCCUGCGGAGCCUCUCUCUCCUUCCUCUUCAAGGCCCUGCUCUGAAGGGCCCGUCAGGACUCCUGGCAGCCUCUUCUCAGCACGUUCCCUGGAGCUGAGACCCAGCCUGGAAGGGAUGACCAGCUGGGCUCAGGCCUGUUGGGCAGGCCUUUGGCAGCAGGUGCCAGGAGGCAGCAGAAGCCACUCUUCAUCCCUGGCCACUGGCUACAUGGGGUUCUGCAAAACAGAAUCCACCUCUGAUCAUUCCACACCUCACAGAGAAUGGACUUCAUCUAGACACAGAAGACCGCAUGGAAGGGUGGCAAUCGGGAAAAGAGGGUGCAGGACCAGGGCCCUCCCCCACCAUCAAGACUGCGUCUGUUAAUCAAGAACUCCACCUGCUGACCCUGACCCAGGAGCGGAGCUGCCAGCAGGCCUGGCUGAAGGUGUGGCUGAUGCCACCUAGCCCUCCAGUCAAAGCAGGAGGUGGGGCUCCCAGGGCAGGGGCUCUUCCUUGUCCUGGGCCCCAGCCACCCAAUGUCCUUCUCCCACCCAGGACAAAGGGUGCCAGGGAAGUUGAGAAGUUGAGGGGAGCAUGAAGGAAGAGGUGUUAAGGAUCUGAGGCUACUCCAAGGACUCGGCUCUGAGCCUUGGUGUUUUUGUUUGUUUUGCUUUAUUUUGUUCUGUACUGGGGAUUGAACUCAGGGACAUCACUGAGCUACAUUCCCAGCCCUUUUUAUUUUUUAUUUUGAGACAGGAUCUUGUUAAGUUGCUGAGGCUGGCCUCUAACUUGCGGUCCUCCUUCAUCAGCCUCCCAAGUCUCUGGGAUUACAGGUUUGCACUGCCCAGUUAAUACAGUAUUUUUCUUGGCCAACAUUUACUGUUCCUACUUCCCAGAACCCAUUUGGCCCUGGCUUCCAGAAAAGCAGUUAGCCUGCUUGCAUACAGUGGACUUUCCAUUUGUGAAGAGUCUUCCACACCCACUCCUUCACUGAGCCUCACUGAGGCCCUGGGAAGGAACUGGACAGGGAUUAUGUCUUCCUGACUGAACAGGUGAGGAAACCAAGUCCAAAGGGGAAGGGACUGGUUCAUGAUAGCGCUGGAACACAGUCCCCAUCUCCACCCUCCCUGAAGGUGCUGUCCCUCCUGCCCACCACCUGCUUCUUUUCCUGAAGGGACUUGGGACAGGAGCCCUAAGCACAUUCUCCACCUUUCGCCCUGUUUCUCCCUCGGACCCUGCUCCUGGGUCUAAUUACAGCCCUGUUCAUUUGUA